AUGACCGACUGCACCGUGACCAACGCGUACGGCGCGUUCCCGGACCGUUCCACAUGCCACGCUGCGGCGGCCGUCUUUCCGGCCUCAGAGAAAGAGCUCCUCGGCAUCGUGGCCAGCGCCACGAAGUCCGGGACCAAGAUGAAGGUGGCCACUCGCUACGGCCACAGCGUGCCCAAGCUGGCGUGCCCCGGGGGCGACAGCGGCCUCAUCAUCAGCACCGACGCCCUGAACCGCGUCGUCGGCGUGGACGCCAGCAAGGAGGAGAUCACCGUGGAGAGCGGCGUCACGCUGCAGCAGCUCAUCGACGCCGCGGCCUGUGCCGGGCUGGCGCUGCCGCACUCGCCCUACUGGCUCGAGCUGACGGUCGGCGGCUUGAUCUCCACGGGCGCGCACGGGAGCUCCCUGUGGGGCAAGGGCUCUGCCGUGCACGAGUACGUCGUCGGGAUGAGGGUUGUGACCCCGGCACCGCCGAGUGAGGGGUAUGCCAAGGUCCGGGUGCUGGUCGACGGCGACACGGAGCUGGACGCGGCCAAGGUGUCACUCGGGACACUCGGCGUCAUUUCUCAGGUACCGUACAGGGAUCUGACGACGGACACAACAUACUAG